AAGUUAAAACGAAGAUGUCUGCUUCGAACCUGGUGCAAAAGAGAAGACGGCAAAGCAUUCUCCUGUGGAAGCCACUGCUGUGACUAGUGAGCGCUUUUUCUCAAAGUACUGUGACAGAAUGGUGACAGUUGGAAGAAAGAAUAAUGAAACUGCUGCAGAAGAUAGGAAAUAUUUACAUGGGCUCUGAAGAUAGCAACACAAAAGGAAAAUUUUGCAAUAUGAAAAUAUUUUUAGCUGACAGCUAAAAUUCAUGAGAUGCCUCCUUGUAUUACAUUCCAAAGACCAUGGAUAUCUUACUGCCUAAAGCACUGCUAUUGGUGUUGGUUGUUAGUUUUAUUGGAUUUUUCCACUGUCAUCAUCGAGGAGUCUUUUUGAGUGAGAAAGCAUCAGAUUAUAAGAAACCAAAUUUCAUAAUAAUUUUUGCUGAUGAUAUUGGAUGGGGAGAUCUUGGUGCCAACUGGGCCCUGAGAAAUGAUACUCCUAAUUUGGAUAAGAUGGCAUCAGAAGGAAUGAGAUUUGUAGAUUUUCAUUCAGCGGCAUCCACCUGCUCCCCAUCACGGGCCUCUCUGCUUACAGGGCGUCUUGGCCUUCGCAAUGGAGUGACCCACAAUUUCGCUGUAACAUCUGUAGGUGGGCUCCCAUUGAACGAGACAACUUUGGCAGAAGUCCUGAAGGAAGCUGGCUAUCGCACUGGCAUAAUAGGCAAAUGGCACUUGGGACAUAAUGGUCCUUAUCACCCCAGUCUUCGAGGUUUUGAUUAUUACUUCGGGAUUCCCUAUAGUCAUGAUAUGGGGUGCACUGACACUCCAGGCUAUAAUCUACCUGCCUGCCCAGCUUGCCUAUGGAACUCUACAAGAGGAAGCAAACAGAAGAAAGACUGUUAUCCUGAGAUUGCACUUCCUCUUUUUGAAAACCGUGAAAUUGUUGAACAGCCUGUUAACCUCACCAGCCUGGCUGCUAGGUACGCAGAGAAAGCAAUUCAGUUCAUCGACCAUGCAAGCCAGAGUGGGCAGCCCUUCUUCUUGUACCUUGCCCUGGCUCAUAUGCACGUGCCUUUGUUUUUGCCGGAACAAUUGUCUUACCAAGAUCCAUAUGGAGCCAACCUGAGACAGAUGGAUGCCCUGGUGGGGCAAAUAAAUGACAAAGUUGAUAGUACUGCAAAGGAAAGCACACUUAUAUGGUUCACAGGAGACAAUGGCCCAUGGUCUGAGAAGUGCGAGUAUGCAGGAAGUGUUGGCCCAUACACUGGGAUGUGGCAAAGGAAAAGAGAUGGGAGCUCUGCUAAGCAGACUACUUGGGAAGGAGGACACCGCGUUCCCACAUUGGCCUACUGGCUGGGGAAGAUCCCAGCCAAUGUGACAAGUCCUGUGCUGUUGAGCACUUUAGACAUAUUCCCUACCUUGGUUUCAAUGGCUAAUGCAAGCCUCCUUCCCAACAGACGUUUUGACGGUAUAGAUGUGUCCAGUGUCCUUUUUGGGCUUUCAGACAGAGGACACAAGACGUUGUUCCAUCCCAACAGUGGGGCAGCUGGAAAAUAUGGAGAGAUACAGGCUCUUCGGCUGGACCAGUACAAGGCGUUUUAUCUCACAGGUGGCGCCAGAUCCUGUGAUGGCAGUAUUGGACAAGGACAGCAGCACGAGCCCCCUCUCAUUUUUAACUUACACCGGGAUGUUCAGGAGCAGCAACCACUGGACCCUCACACUCCUGAGUACAGGAAUGUCUUGCCAGGUGUGCACAAGGCUCUUCAAGACAUACUUCAGGAUAUUGCUAUGGACAAUGUAUCCAUUGCAGAUUACUCUCACAACCCAGCAGUGUUGCCUUGCUGCAACCUACAACACCUGCUGUGUCGAUGCCAUUAGACUUCUUGGCCAUCAUCCCUGGAAGAAUACUGAGGGGCAAUAGACUGAAGUGAGGAAGUACCAGUCAAGAAAAAUGCCAGAAAGCCUGCAAGCUUUAAAGAAGUGGGCAAGGGAAACUUUUAAGGUAGACUUGCACAACUUGGGGAAAGUAAGGGGCCGAAAUUAGACAGGCUAAGCCUUUUGGGGGCACAAACAGGUUUUUAGCACCUCACUAGGAGCUGUGGUGGCGCAAUGGGUUAGACCCUUGUGGACUGCUGACCUGAAGGUUGCCAGUUCGAAUCGGCAAGACGGGGGUGAGCUCCCGUCUGCCAGCUCUAGCUUGCGGGGACAUGAAAGAAGCCUCCCAGCAGGAUGGUAACACAUCUGGGCAUCCCCUGGGGAAUGUCUCUUUAGACGGCCAAUUCUCUCACACCAGAAGCGACUUUUAGUAUGUUCUCAAGUCACUUCCGACAUGAUUUUUAAAAAGGCACCACAUUUCCUGGGUAAGGUAUGAUUAAUGACUGAUUGGGAUUAUUAUUGCUGUUUUGUACCUUCAAGUCGUUUCAGACUUAGGAAAACCUUAAGUUUUCUUGUCCAAUUCAGAGGGGAUUGGACAAUUGGAGGGGAUUCUUCCUCUGAAGCUGGAUGGAUGUAAAGGUAUGUCUACCACCAAAAAUGGAAGCCUAAUUUAUCUGCCGUCACAUUUAGCACAACUUAACAGCAGUUACGUGUGUAUCAUAAUGCAUCUGAGAUGUUUAGGCCAUAGCUAAAAUGCUCCAGCAACUGGAGUCAUCCAACGAUCUGGUGAAAUCAAACCACAAGAUCCGAAAACAGAGAGUUCUGAUUUUGUAUAUACAAGUGUCCUCAUUUCUUUUUUUUACUCUUAAAAUAUGACUUUACUAAACUGCUUACAAGUUUCA